UCUUGUAAGUUUUGUAUUUUUCCUUCUCCAAUUUGAGACUUUUUCUUAUUCUUUCCCAAAUCUAAUUUCUACCCUUUUCAUUUUUUUCAAAGCAAUUUGCAACCCUUUUCAUCUUUUGUGAAUAAACCCUAUAUUUGUUUUCAAUUUUUUUCUGGGUUUUUAGUGUUCAUAACAAUGUCUAAAGUUGUUAGCAAGUAUAGUGUUUUCUCUUCUACAAUUUCCCAUCAUCAUAAUGAUCGUAACAAAAGUAGAAAUUUUCCCAUGAAAUUUUCAGUUUCUGUUGGAAAACGAGGAAAAUUAGUUGGUUUUCUUCUUUGAGGAGUAGUUUUGGUGGUGUAAGAACUGUUGUUGAUCAAAAUGGUAGCCUUUGGUCUCAUAAGAGGAACCCUCAAUCAAUUCAUGCUAAGUUGGGUCUUAGCAUUGGCAAAUCACAGGAGAAAGAACUUCAACCAAAUAUGAAAGAAAUAACUUCUGCAGAAGACCUAGUGGAUUCGUUACUAAAAGCAGGAGAUCAGUUGGUAGUUGUUGAUGUGAAGGCUGCAAGGCUCUUCAUCCUAAGAUUGGGCAGUGGCAUCCGACAGAUGAAUAUGAGGGUUUAGUCAGAGAAUUAGCUUUUCGCUCAGUGUGCAAGAGCCCCAUGUGCCCCCCUGAUACAGCGAUGACAGAGUGGCAGCAUGCAGUUUUGUCACCUGAUAAGACAGUAUUGGUGUUUGAAACGGUGCAACAGGCACAUGAUGUCCCAUUUGGGUCCUAUUUUGAGGUACAUUGUAGAUGGCAUCUUGAAACUUGUUCAGAGUCAUCUUCUACCAUACAGAUUAAAGCUGAUUCCUUCUUCCUCAUUUCAGUUCAAUUCUUCAUUACAAUUUCAAAAGGGGUCGGGAGCCCAAGAACUGGCUCGAGAUCAACAUGCGCCAUGUCGCUCCUUGGGAACACAGGCUAGAGCUGCUGGCCCAAGGUGCGCCGAUCGAGGCUGUAGGCGCACCUACUUCGGUGGAUUACAUGCCGUGGUUCCUCUCCAUCACUCGUCGAUGGAUGACACCAUGAGGUAUCAUCGCGGCAGCCCAGUACGCUCCCGCAGCACCGACGAUGACACACUUUGUACAGGGCAUUGCAUCUGUCAUCAGCUCCAGCCAAGAGGAGCCUGUACGGGAGAUUACCCAAGGCAUACUCCUAGGGACGCAGUUUCAGCACUUUAUUCCAGAAGUGACUGUGCCCGACACCACUAUGUACGAGUACAGGUCAUCUCCUCAUCACGCCGACGUUCAUCUUGAGGAGGUUGACUUAACGUGCCCCGACUACGGUGCUGGAUCCUCACAGGGUGCCACAUCAUCACAGUUACAAUCACCUCCCCUACCCGAGCGUCAUGCGACAGCCUCUUACUAUCGUAGGAGGCGUCUUAAACCGUCACAAUUAGACAGGGUACAGGAGGGGAUUAGCAUUAGAAUAGUGUUUGUAUAUAUUGAACAUUAGUGACAUUUUGUAUAUAUUGAACAUUUGUACAUAUUUAGUAUUUGUAAUAUUUGGACUUUUGUGUAUAAUUUGUAAUAUAUAUGUAGAUGUAUAUAUUUUAAUCGUAUUAUCACGCGUUUAUUAUGCAUGAAAUGAUGUUAAGUACUCAGAUUUUUUGGCGAUGAAUCAUUCCGCCAAGAAUGCAGUAUGAAUUAAAUCAAAAAUAAAAAGACAAUUAUAUUCAAAUAUGGAAAAUGCUGUCCAAAAUUCAACAGAAUUUCAUUCAUGUUCAACGAAUACAUAUCAAAUUACAUAGUUCAUUCGUUAAGUUAAACCACUGACGCUAACUAAGAUUGCUUCUUAAACUUUUUCAUAAUCCUUUCAG